AUGGGUACUGAGCAUUUCCCACUGCUAUUCUAUGAACUUAGGGAUGCCUACCGCUACGCAAUCGAGCGUGAUCCAUCACCGAGCGUCAAAGACCUUCAUUCGUUCCUGCUCGCCACGUAUCGCAUGAACAGUCUUCUUCUACAGCGGCUGUUCUAUCGUGACAUCUUUGUCCGCAGAUAUGGUCGUAUCGGCGAGCCGGUUCCGCUGAAACAGCUAAACCAGAGUCUUGAGAAGAACCCGAGUCUCAAAGAACACAUCAUCUCGGCAACUAUUCCAUGCGACGACUCGAUUGACGAUAUCCAUCAUUUUUUUUGGCUCCCCAAGAUUAAAACCCUUGCGAUUCCCAAGUUCAGCGAGUGGGAGCUAUUGGAAUUCGAAAACAACUCACAUAUCGGCACUUCGCCCGUCGAAUCCCUUAAGUUGAUUGAUUGUGGAGCGCACGAGGAAGCUCUGGCCGCUGUAUUAAGCUGGCCGGCAGCUUUGAAAACGCUUCACUACGAUGCCGAUCAAGGCGAAUGGGAUGGCCAUUACGGAGACGAGCCAGCCAACAGUUGGACAUGUGCUGCGUUUGUGCGCGCAUUGAAAUCACAAAAAACAACGUUGACAGAACUGACAAUGAAUCGGCCAUCGCUUGACCACGAAGGACUGGGGAAUGGACCUCGUAUUGAUCUGAGCGAGUUCACGGCCCUGCAUACUCUGCGUAUCUACCAUGUCUUCUUCUGCGGGUGGGAUGAACCGCUUAACGUCUGGAAGGGCUUACCUCGCAAUCUGGAGGUGGUGGAGGUUUUUUUACAACGAUACAGGCCUCACUCAAUUCUUAUGGGAGAGUGA